AUGUCUCUUGAGGAUGCCGGAAAUAGUCUAGGAUCUCAAAUUCCACUUUCAGCCACUUAUCUUAUCACGGCAUUUUUCACAAUCUCACUUUACAAUGUGAUUGAGUUGACCAUAAAGAUAUUUCUGACCUUCAAACGCCGAACUGGUGUCUACUUCUGGAGCUGCCUCGUUGCGACAUGGGGGAUUGCAAUCUACUGUAUCGGGUUCGUCCUCAAGGACUUUGGUCUUGCAAAUUCAAUCUCAUACUUCUAUGUCACUCUAAUCGUCGUUGGCUGGUGGAUGAUGGUUACGGGCCAGUCGAUGGUCUUAUACUCCCGUCUUCACCUCAUCAUGCACAAUGAACUUUUACUACGAUUUGUUCUAGGCAUGAUCAUCGUGAACGCAAUCAUUAUGCAUAUCCCAACCACAGUCCUCGCAUACGGCGCAAACUCUACAGAUUACCAACGUUUCCUCGUUCCAUAUAGUGUAUUCGAGCGAGUUCAAGUCUCGAUAUUUUUUGGUCAGGAAUCUAUCAUCUCCGGCCUCUACGUUUAUCAGACAAACAGGAUGUUUCGCCCCGGGGGACAGAUGCACGGUGAUGUUGGUAGGAAGCUGCUGCUGUAUCUGAUUUGUAUCAGUGUUGUCGUCGCUCUGAUGGAUAUCAUCAUCCUAGGGCUGGAGUACGCCGGCAAAUAUACUUCCCAAACUGCUGUCAAGCCAGUCAUAUACAGUAUCAAGCUAAAACUGGAAUUUUCAAUUUUGAAUAGGUUGGUUAUUUUUGUGCAGAGGGUCAGGGACCCGACUUCAAUAUCUUUUGAUGGCAGUUUUUAUGAUAUGCAACAGGAAGAGCAAUCUGCCAAUGAAGUUCAUACAAGGAGGCGCUGUUGGUCUUUGGUACUGUUUGUUCGCAAGGCUCGAAAUGAAAUUGGCAUUCCUGAGAAGUAG